UAAAGCCUUUGGCUGUCCGGGCAUGCUGGGAGUUGUAGUUUGGCAACAGCUGGAGGCACCCUGGUUGGGAAGCACUGCCUUAGAGAGUGACAGUUUGUGUGGAUUUAAAGCCUUUGGCUGUCCGGGCAUGCUGGGAGUUGUAGUUUGGCAACAGCUGGAGGCACCCUGGUUGGGAAGCACUGCCUUAGAGAGUGACAGUUUGUGUGGAUUUAAAGCCUGCCCUAGUUCUGCACAUUAUCUUGUGCUCCUCGUGUGCUGGCACCACCCACAGCUAAGACACCUCCGGUCAUUUACCUAAAACUGCCUGGUAUAAGUCCUAGCCCUGAAUCUAUCUCAUAAUUGCAGUGAUUGGAAACUCGCCUCCUCCCCUUGGCUGUGCAGGCAGAAGUGACAGGGCUGUGUGGCUGCGAGAAGACAGGACCUGAGUAUGAUCUGUUUAUGUCCCACUCAACACUGAAGUCUUGUUCUGCUGAGGACAAACCAGAGGACAGAGAUGGCUGACAGACACUACAUAGACGACUCGCAAGGAGACCGAGACAAACAAGAAUGGGGCUAUGUGGAAGGUGUAGAGUGGGGUUUACUUUACCCAGAAGCAAAUGGACAGUAUCAAUCUCCAAUCAACAUUAAUUCAAGAGAAGCUCUUUAUGACCCUUCAUUACUAGAAACUAAACUAUUUCCAAACUAUGUUGUCUGCCGAGACUGUGAAGUUAUUAAUGAUGGCCAUGUAGUUCAGAUCCUGCUAAAGUCAAAAUCAGUUUUAACAGGAGGUCCGCUGCCUCGUAGUCAUGAAUAUGAAUUAUAUGAAGCAAAAUUUCAUUGGGGCAGAGAAAACCAGCGAGGUUCAGAGCACACAGUCAACUUCAAGGCUUUUCCAAUGGAGCUCCACCUUAUCCAUUGGAACUCUACUUUAUACAGGAACAUAGAGGAAGCCUUAGGCCAAGUACAUGGGAUUGCUAUAAUUUCCUUAUUCGUACAGAUAGGAAAAGAACACAUAGGCUUGAAAGUCAUAACAGACAUUCUUGAGGAUAUCCAGUAUAAAGGAAAAUCCAAAACAAUACCAUGUUUUAAUCCUAACACAUUAUUACCAGAUCCCCUACUCCGCGAUUACUGGGUGUAUGAAGGUUCCCUUACAAUGCCACCAUGUAAUGAAGGUGUUACAUGGAUAUUGUUUCGAUAUCCUUUGACAGUGUCUCAAAGUCAAAUGGAAGAAUUCAGGCGACUGAGGAUGCACAUUAAAGGAGCAGACCUUGAGGACGAAAGUGAUGGAAUACUGGCCGAUAACUUUAGACCUACUCAACCGCUUAGUGACAGGAUUAUACGAGCAGCAUUUCAGUAAAAAACGUGUAAACAUUUAUUUGUAUUGAACUUGAAACCAUCUUUUUUCUGGAUAUAUUUUUCUUUUUUGUAGAUAUUAUUUGACAUUUUUCAUGGAUGUAACAUUAACAUACAGAGCACUCUGUUAUUCAAGCCGUGCAUGAAAACGAUUGCUCAAACCCUGGGGAAGAACCUUAUCUCAAAUCUUUAUUCAUUGCAGGAGAUACAUAAUAUUGGUAACUGAACAAAUAACCUCACAUGUCUGGUACUCUGCUUCUAGUGGGCUAGUUUCAGUAAAUUACUGGAGCUGGAUUGAGUUUAUAGUUCCAAAUUAUAAAAUGUAUAGGUGUUAUGUUGUUUUGACAGUGACUUAUCCCAGUGGAAGAAUAACUUCUACUAAGGAACAAGAGGCUAUGUAACCUGUAUAGAGAAUAUAGAGGGACAAUUCAUUGCUUGGCUGAUAUAUGUGUGAAUUUCCUACAUUUGUAAUUAGUAAUACAUCAACAAGAGUUAGACAAAAUAACUAAGAGACCCCUAUUUUUAGAUAGUCAAGUUCAGAUCUUGUAUGUGAAUGUUCCCUUAAAGGAGUACUCUAGUGCCGACUAUUCCUCCUCCGUUGUGCCCGGGCUGAAAAAAAAAUGUAAAUAAGCUCUCACUCAACUUCCUGCACUCUCCCUGUGCACUGCUAUAGCUGUUCGGUCCUCCGGUCCCAUCUUCUGCCUUCUUCAUGUGCACGUAUCGUCACACUGCACUCGGCCUAUCACUGUCUGAGGCAGGACAUAGCUGGUGAUAGGCUGAGAGCCGUGUGACGAUCCGUGUACACGGAAGAAGGAAGAAGACGGGACUGGAGGACCGAUCAGCUUUAGCGGCGCUUCAGGGGAACACAGCUAGGUGAGUGAAAGUUUAAUUUCAUUUUUUCAGCCUGGGCACAACGGCGGGGGAAUAGUCAGCACUACAGUACUCCUUUAAAAGGUUACUCCGCUCCACUGCACCCGAAACAUUGAAUUCCAAAUGCUGUGUGUAGUCUUGGCAAGGUGGCAAGACGUCUAUGGCAAGGGGGCAAGACGGCCGUCACAUGACGGGGCGUGACAUCACGAGGGGGCGGGCGUGAACAUGGAAGCCCGCACACAGCAUUCGGAACUCAAUGUUCCAGAUGCUGGGUAGCAGAGUAUCCCUUUAAAAAGUACCUGUCAUCAAACCAUAUUUUCUGAACUUUUUCCCUAACUACUCCUAACACCUCCUUUUUCUGAACUUUUAAAAGCUCUGUAUCAUACCUUUCCAUCACAUUGUGUGAGUUUCCAGCAGGAGAAAGUGGGCGAUCUCCAGCAGGCCCGAUGUCACUGAAGCCUGUGAGAGCUGUGCCUCCCCAUGCCCUGCAUGCAUUUCCUGAGUUUGGUCUCCUGCCAGGCCGGGAGGACACAAAACGAACUGUUUGACUUGCGGCAAGGAACACAACAGGCAUUUUUUUAAUUACAUCAAUAACAUAUAAAGGUUGAGAAUUUUAACAGCAAGUAAAUAGCAAAGUAUCUUAUACAGUGAUCCCUCAACUUACAAUGGCCUCAACAUACAAUAGUUUCAACAUACAAUGGUCUUUUAUGGACAAUUGUAACUUGAAACCAGACUCGACAUACAAUGCCAUGGACAGUCCAGAUCUGUGAAAUGUGUCAAUGGCUGAAAGAACUGACCAAUCAGAAAGGGCAUUCACUGGUAAAACCCCUGUAUUACUGAAGCGUAUGCACUGAAUUCCUGUCUGGUAGCGCCCCAUACAAUACAGGGAGGUAUUACAUGUUCUUUACUACUCUUUACCUGUGCCACAGUUAGCUGCUACUUUGGACACCAGGUGGGGGCGGCUCCAUGUUACUUUUUUAGGACACUGUGUGUACUGUACAGGACCCUAAAGAAGUUCCUGUCCUCUACAUAGACAGUGAUACAGCUUCCAGCAGAUCUUUCUUACUUUUAUAUGUAAGGAUUUGCUUUAUCUAUAUUAGUUAUCUACUUAUUUUUCUUUAAUCCUCACUUUUUCCUAUUUUUGGAUGACAUUUUGGUGCCUUCAGAACCAAUUACCAGGUUUCCAUAGAGUUAUGGUCUCAAUAUACAAUGGUUUCAAAAUACAAUGGUUGUCCUGGAACCAAAUAAUAUUGUAACUUGAGGGACCACUGUAAUUACACAACAUACAAUUUAUUAAAAGUUUUGUUUGGUGACAGGUACUCUUUAAAGUGGGCCUGUGGUCAGUCAAAAAAUAAAUAAAAAAUAAAUCAGUUGUGUUUAUACUUUCCUGCCAUACUGCCUCCAUUCUUGAGAUAUAGUAGUGAUUGACCAUUUGGUACUUUUAACGAAAUAGUCAGAUUCACACCCUAUUUUACAAUAAUGUUCUUGCCCAUCUGACUUUGAAAUGAAAAAAAUCUCAACUUGUUUGGACUGACCACAGUUCCCCUUUAACUUUCUUUUGUGUAAUGCAAUUCAAGUAAUCAAAGUAUUUUGCUUCAUGGUUAUUAUUUAGUAUGACCCCAAUGUAACAUGGGUUCUGAAAAGAUAGAAUACUUUAUAGCCAUACUGUGGUGCAGUGUGCCAAUGUUUAGUACAUUGUGCCACAAAUGUGUCUGUGCCAAAAUUAGUGACGCAUUGUGCCAAAAAGAGCCAUACAAACCCGGAAAAAGGGGCAUGGUUGGAUAGAAAAGGGGCAUUUUCUCACAAAUCAAUCUAUUUACUAUUGACUUCACAGUAAAUCCUGUGAAUAAUGAAUACAUUUCUUAAACAAAUCUGUAAAUCUGUGAAUUCCAAUAGUAAAUAGAGUGGAAUCAUGCAACUCUAAAACAACAUUCCACACUAAUAAAAGCUGAACACUCAUAGUAGAUCAGGGCCACUAUCUGCAAUUUUUCACAUAAUGAUUACAAAGUUUAAAAAGAAAAAGACAAAAA